AUGGCAAAGACUAAACCAAGAGGAAGAAGGGCAGAGAAGAAAGCCAAAGAAGAUGAAUUCAAUCCUGAACAAGACAAAAUACUUUUGAAUCAUAUAGAAGAAGAAACACCUACAUCAUCAAAUAUCCCCAAUACAUUUUUUGGAUUAGUUGAUUCUAAUGAAUUAGAUUAUUUCAAACAAGCAGAAUCUACAUUGAACAUAAAUGCCUUUGACAGCGAUGAAGAACGUCAGGGAUUCAUAACUUCAGUUUUAGAAGAAGCUCGUGGGAAAGAAUUGAAAUUGGUCACUAAUCAGAUUUGUUCAAAAUUGAUGGAAAGAUUAGUCUUGUUUGCAACUGAUCAACAAUUAAAGAAUAUAUUUAAACAAUUCUCAAACCAUUUUACUUCCUUGGCGUAUCACAAAUACUCGUCGCACGUUUUGGAGACCUUAUUAGUUAGAGCAGCUGCUUUGAUUGAGAAAGAAUUAGGUUUAACUGAUGAAGAAAAAGCAGAAAUCGCUCAUGAACUGGAGGAACAAGGAGAAGAUAAUAUUAGUAUGGAGGAAUUAUUUGUGAGUAUGCUUAAAGAAUUUGAACCUCAGUUACAGACAAUGGUAGAUCACCAAUAUGCUUCCCAUGUUUUAAGACUUUUAAUUUUGAUUCUUGCCGGAAAAGAAUUACCUUCCAGUACGGUAUCCAAUUCCACAUUAAGAUCCAAGAAAUCAAAGAUUGCAAGAAAAAUGAUUGAAAUUAAAGAUAAUGAAGAUUUCAACCGUGCUUUCCAAACUCCAUCUUCAUUCAAAAAUGAAUUGAGAAAUUGUUGUCAAUCUAUUUCAAAAUCAUUGGAAACUCAAAGAGCAAGAGAAUUGGCAAUUCAUAAAGUUGCGUCUCCAGUCUUACAAUUGAUAAUUCAAGUUGAAGGAUUGGUCGAUCGUGAACGUACUUUCUGGCAUCUUGUAUUCUGCAAGGAUUCAGAAGAUAGGAAUCCAAAGGAAGAAGCAUUCGUUGAAUACUUAUUAUCCGAUCCAGUUGGAUCUCAUUUCUUAGAAUCCAUAAUUAAGAAUGAUGGUGCUCGUCCGAAAUAUAUCGAAAGAUUAUAUAAAUUAUACAUGAAGGAUCGUAUUUUCAAAUUGGCUAAAAGAUCAACUACUGGUGUAUACAUCAUUCAAGCAUUGUUAUUUAAAUUAAAACCAGUUGAAGUUGAAUUUAUUCUUGAUAAUAUCAUUCCUGAAUUAUCUAGUUUGAUCUCUAUUUCAGAGAACCAAAAUUUAGAUUUGGCUCAGAAAUUAAUUGAUGCUUCAAUCAUUCGUGGGAAUUAUAGACGUGAUGAAAUCAUUAGUCAAUUAUUUAUCAAAUUUGCACCAAAUUACAACAUCGAAGAACCUCAACUCAACACUUCUGCUGAAUUUAUUGAGAAUGUCUUACAAUUGACAGGGUCUACAUUAGGUAAUACUAGAGGUGACUGGCCUACCGCAGAAGAAAGAAAGAGAUCGUUAUUCUUGGAGAAAUUAAUGGAAUAUGAUUAUAAGUUUGUUAUAUGUUCUUGGUUAAAUUUUAUGGCGUUACCAGUUGAACGAUUUAUACAAAUGUGUUUCCAUGGUGUAUUUUCUCAUGUAGUUGAAAAGGCAUUAAUUGUAAUUCCUGCUUCUGAAGGUGAACCAAAACCAGUAAUGAUUCUCAGAAAGAGAUUAUUAAAUAUUUUCCAAGGACAAAUUGUUGGAUUGUCAUGUAAUUCUUAUGGAUCACAUAUUGUUGAUCAUUUAUGGAAUUUUACAGUUUUGCUUCCAAUGUACAAGGAUAGAAUUGCUUCCGAGUUGGCUAGCGAUUCUCAUAAGGUUAAAGAAAGUACAUAUGGUAGAUUAGUUUGGAAGAAUUGGGGAAUGGAAUUAUUUAUGAGAAAGAAAUAUGAUUGGAAAGCAUUAGUGAAACAACAAGAACAAGAAUACUUUGGUGAGACUGGUGAAGAAGGUGGUGAUACUAAGAGAGCCAAGAAACCUAUUGAAUUAAAGAUGGAAAGAUUGGCAGAAGAAAAGAGAAGAAAGGAAGAACAAGCAUUAAAGGCUGAAAGUGGAUAUCUCAAACGUAAAUUGGAAGAAAGUGAAGAUGGACCAGCCCAUGAAAAGAAACAAAAACUUAGAGGACGUAGACGUUAA